CAUUUCGCGGUUUGUUAUGGACGUUAUCGAGCUUGAGUCGUUUUUAAACAGCCCUCCUCGUGGAUUCAGUGCCGAGCGUCGCGAGGGCUACACAGUCGUGAAGUGGGACCAGGAGAACAGCUGCGUGUUCAUCGAUGAAAUCCAGUCUAGCAAAGGAAACGCGAUUUUCUGUAAUUCUCCAGGAAGGAAAAUCACGGUGCGAACUUUGGGAGAGUACACCGAUUUGAGACGACAACUUACCUCAAUGACAAUAUACAUACUGGUGUCUGCAUGCGCCAACACGACGGUCGAAGAAAAGAGAAACAGAGAUGUUCCAGCUCUCGGAUAUUACGUGGUGGCGAUCAAUGGCAGUCAUCCAAUGAUCAGAUGGGAGAUGGAGAGAGGUUUAGACUGGACUAUUUCAUCUGUUGCUGGAGAGAGCUAUGCAGUUGAUGUUGAUGUUAGUGCUGCACUACAGGGAUGGGUCGGUGAGAACUUUCAAAUCCUUGUUGAUGCAGAAAAGGUGAAACCCACCUGGAAAGACACGCAUUUCACCAUCAAGUACCGUUCGGAUGCCCUGUUUGACAUUCCCUACUGGUUUGGCUUCAGCAAACGACAGUUUAAGAUCUCUUAUCAUGGGAGAUGAGGUCAACACCCAAAAUGUUUUGUGAGACUGCAAACAUCUACUGAAAACUUCAGUCUGUGGAAUUAAAACCCACAGAUGAGACGACCAUGAGAGCUAUGGAACUGUAAUUCAUUAAAGCACAUUAAAAGACUG